AUGUGGGCAUCUCUCAAGCAGCUGGCCCCUGGAUGGCUACGGGCUCUUGCCGGAGCGGGUCCGAUCCCCAAACACAUUGCGUUUAUCAUGGAUGGCAACCGACGGUUUGCAUCUUCGCAGCAGCUGCCGCGGAUCGAGGGCCAUGCCCGCGGCUACACCAAGCUGACGCAGACGCUCGAAUGGUGCGCCCAGCUCGGGGUGACGACCGUCUCGGUCUACGCCUUUUCGAUCGACAACUUUAAGCGGACGCAGGAGGAGGUCGACGACCUGCUGACGCUCGCCGAAGCCAAGUUCCGCGAGCUGCUGGAGCAGCGGACGUUCAUCGACAGGCACAAGGUCCACAUCCGGGUCGUCGGCGAUCUGGACCUGCUUCCGGCCUCGCUGCGCGACGUCAUGUGUGCCGUGGAGGCGUACUCGUCGCAGUACUCGGAGCUCACGCUCAACGUGUGCUUCUCGUACACCUCGACCAAUGAGAUGGCGGCGGCGUGCGCUGCGGUUGCUGCUGCUGUCCGCGAUGGCGUUCUCGAUGCCGACGAUGUCGACGAGACCGCCGUCCACAUGGCGUUGGCAACCGGGUCCGAUCCGGACAUUAUUGUGCGGACGUCGGGUGAGAUCAGGCUCUCCAACUUUCUGCUCUAUCAGGCUGGACACGCCCAGCUUGCCUUUCUCUCUGUCCUCUGGCCUGAUCUCUCGUUCUGGGACAUUGUCGGCGUCAUUGUCCGCUUCCAGACUGCGCGCCUCACCGGAUCACUCCCUGCGCCGCCCCCGCCACAGCUUGAUUCGCCACUGUCCACGGCGCCUGCUGCCGAGCGGGCGCGCUACGCCCGCCUCGCCGCUUUCCGCGCCCACCUCGCUGAUGUGCGCCGCACCUACGUCACCAGCCAUGCCGCAUCGCAUGUUGCUGCCGCGUCGUUAGCGGCGACAUCGAAUGAAGCGGCAACAUCAUAGCACGCCUCGACUCCAAUUAAAGCCAGCGCUGA